CGUUACAUUAUAUAAUGUAAUUUUUCUAUUUUUCCGUGUAAUAAAGAAAAUAUCCAUAAAUUUUUUUGCGAAUUACUGUGUAAAGGCAGCAAACAAUUCAGUAAAACUUCCGAAAAAUUUUCAUUGACACCUCGGUUUGGAAUGAGCGCAUAAGCGUGUAAUGGGUUAAUCCAAUAGGUUGCGUCUAAGUACGCAUGGUGCAUCUUAAUAGUUAUUCUAAGGCCAUUUACACUUGUUGAAAAAGGGCAAGAGAGUGCGGUAACAUGUCAGAACGUUUUGACAAGUCGCGAUGGCGAGAUACUUGCUAUUUUUUUGUUUGAUUUCUGUUCUUUCGGUCGCUUUAGCAGACCGAGUGUACUUUCAAGAGGAAGGACGGAGAUGGAACACGCCGCCGGAGUUGAUUCCAGUUGGGAGCUCGAGAAAUCAAAAUGAAAAUAAUUCAGACGGUCCUCAAGCGAGAUUUUUACCGUUCACAGCAAGCUUUACCUUGAAUACCGGCGCCAAUAAUGCUCAUUCUUUGAGCGUAGGAGGCUCUGAUGAGGGAAUUAGUUUAUCGCAAAGCCAAAGUAGCAGCUCGAGUCUCUUUGAAAAUUCCAGGCCGGGAAUAUCUGCAAGCCAAUCAACUUCAUUUUCCGCAGGACUCGCGGGUAUUUCAGCGUCCGACGCAAAUGCAUUUAAUUUAAACCACCCGAUUUUCGGUGGAAAUUCUGGUAAUUCUGCUAACAGCAACUCUUACACUUGGGGUGAGGCAAGUUCUUCAUCUACGGGAAAAGUCGUCAAUAAUCAGGCAAUUACAAGCGCUCAAUCGAGCGUUGGCUCAUCAUCCAAUUCCGUUUCGUCGGGUGCGUCCUCAAGUGCUGGAAAUUUUGCUUCGUCUGCUUCAAAUGCUGCUACUUCAGCCAAUACCGAUCAUUCGUCUUGGAGCAAUCGUCCAAAUUACCAAGAUUACAAUCUGAAUAAUCCAUACACCAGGCCACAGCAAGUGAACAACUUUCCCCAGAAAUGGGAACAAAAUUUACCGGCAUCUUCAAAUCAGAAGUGGUCCCAAAAUCGCCAAGAAAAUAACAAAACUCCAUUGUUGCAAGUAUCAGGAGUUUCGGCGGCGUCAUCAGCCUCAAGUUCAUCGAACGGGUUCUCAUUUGGACAAUCUUCGGUCGGCAGUAACUGGGGUAGCGACGGAAAACCCUCUUCGUGGGUCAACAAUCGCGCAGAGUCCUCGGGAAAUGCACAAAGUCUCGCUCAAGGAAAUGCAGCGGCCGUGCAACAAACUUCGGACAAGGCUCACGGAAGUUUCAGCUCUGGCGCGAUUUCUGCGAGCUCUGUCGGAGACGGUCACGUACGAGGAACUUCGCUCUCGGAAAAUCGGGGGCAGUUCAACCGCGGAGAAGUUACGGGUCAGUCUGCAGGCAAUUCAGAUAUCCGCGGCACCGCAAACGCUGGAACGGUGUCGCUUAUUAAAUUUCCCGAUAAUCCAUCAACCCCUAGGGAAUUUAUUGGCAGCAAGUUUGAUGGUAAUAGUGGGCAAUUAUCGAGACGAAGGCCGAAAAUGAGGCGCAGAAAUCCUGUUGAUAGAUUUUUGACAGAUAUUACUGACACUGUUGUUGAUUUGUUUGAUAUUUAAUUUAUUUAUUUUUUUAUUUUUCCAAAAAUAAAUCUAUAUUUAUAUUUACGUACUUACUUUGUUGAGGCUAAAUAAAUUUAAUUGUUUUUUUUUAUAG